CUCUACGACUGCCGACUGUCGUUUGUUUCCACCGCGCUGCAGGCAUUCUGCUUUGCUUUCAGCGGCCAGCUGCCGCUUGCUGUCAUAAAAACAAACCAUGUGCCGUUGGUUUGAAGUAAAACCAGGCAAUAAAAUGGUUUCUUGCGGUGUAUAAGCGCGGCUAGGCGAUGCCCACGAUGAACACAGACACCGCCGACCCCUUAGUGUCCAUAAUCAUCCCCAUUCGCAAUGGAGAAAACUGGAUCGACACUUGUCUUCAAUCUGUUUUAAACCAGGCAGCGUUGAGCUUCAUGAAAAUUGAGGUUUCCGUUUGUGACGAUUCCAGCACCGACCAGACUCCGGAAUUACUUUAUGCGUGGAAGUCUAGACUGGAAGCGCGGUCCAUUCCUGUCAAGAUUUUUAGGAAUCAAAAGCAAGAGUCGGGAGGGGUCGGUUACGCUAAAAACAGAGCAGUUGAAAAUUCUUCCGGGGAAUAUCUGUGCUUCCAAGAUGUGGAUGAUAUCAUGCUGCCGUGUAGGAUUCAGGCCCAGUAUGCUGUUGCGAAAGAGAACGAAAAUGCAAUUGUUGGAGGGCGAUUUAGAAGAAAGCCGGAAAAUUCAACCGCCAGAUUUACGCGAUGGGCAAAUACAACCGCUAGUGAUAAACUUGAGGAACAAAUCUACACUUCACACGGACCCACGAUUAUUAUGCCAACGUGGUUUUGCCACAGAUCCGUGUUUCAAAGAGUCGGUGGUUUCUGCGAGGCUGGUGGCGGUUGUCCAGAGGAUUUGAUAUUCUUUUACUCGCACCUUGACCUCGGUGGCCGGAUCCUGAGGGUUGAUGAUACGGUUUUAAUAUACGUGUAUCAUCCUCAAGCAGAGACUUUCUCGAUUUGCGAGCAAACGAUAUGGGAUCUAAGAGUUGCGCGUCUGGAAAGACUCGUUCUUCCUUUGUGGGAUAAAUUGACGAUAUGGAACGGCGGGAAACAAGGCAGACGAUUAUUACGCAGCCUGCGUCCUCAGUUUCGGGACAAAGUUGUGGCCUUUUGCGACGUAGACAAGCAUAAAGUCGGACAGAAUUACGUAUCGUAUGAACCAGUUCGAAAGAAAAUUGGACGACCGAUUCCGAUAAUUCAUUACACCAAAGCUAAGCCUCCGUUUAUAAUUUGCGUGAAAAUGGACAUGACGAACGGCGAGUUUGAAAAAAAUUUGGAGUCCUUGAAUUUGAAAGAAGGAAAAGAUUACGUCCUGUUCAGCUGACCCGUCUACAUUGAGCCCGAUAGUUUUAGAAACGAAAACGAAGACGAAUCAUGAGUCAGAACCUGCCGAACCUCGUAACCGCAAGAAUUGGGUAAGUUGAAAAUACGGUUGCUUAUCAUACUUGUAGACCCUAUAUUGAAACAAAGUUUCGUCAAAGUUACCAAGGGAUUCUGGGGAAAAAAGGGCGCUGCAGACACCAGCAGUCGACAAUCUCCUUAUCCUCAACCGGUUUGCUUCCUUCACUGUGGUAAAAAGUUUGACUGCGAUGGUUUUUCUGGUCGGUAAGCUACGCCGAGGGUGUUGACUUUCAACCAGUUUGGUCUAUUUUAUCCGGAUUUAAUAACCCGGGUCUGAAUAAUUCUAGCAAUUUCCAAUGGUUGGUAUCUUGACUUUUUUUUUUUUUACCAAUUUUAACACUGAAAGAAACAUUAAUGUGAAGUACAGGUUUUACUGUCGUAUUGGAAAUUGAGUUUAAAGAUGUAUAAUUCAAUUUUUAUAUGCGCGUUUAUUCAUCCGCCGCUGUCGUGUUACGAAAACAGUAAAAAACAUAAUGUAUAUAUCAAGGUACAUAAAAAAUAAUAACGAAUUAUCUAACGUAUAUUACAGCAUUUUUCUCUCCGUCUUUUUCACUCUUAUAUCCUUGUUCCACCUCUUCAAUUCUUAUUC